AGGCCCCACCAGGGGUCUUUCUGGAUUUCCCACAAUGGUGUCAGUUACAAUGGCUACGUCCGAGUGGAUUCAGUUUUUUAAGGAAGCUGGGAUUCCUCCAGGCCCUGCUGUCAACUACGCAGUUAUGUUUGUGGAUAACAGAAUCCAGAAGAACAUGCUGCUGGACCUGAACAAGGAGAUCAUGAAUGAGCUAGGGAUCACGGUGGUGGGGGAUAUUAUCGCUAUCCUCAAGCACGCUAAAGUUGUUUACAGACAGGAGAUGUGCAAGGCAGCUACUGAAUCGGUGUCCUCCAACCAGCCAAGUAUGCAGUCAGAGCUCCGCAGGAACGCCAACAGCGCCGCCACCCGUAUGAUCGCUAACAGUUUAAGCCGAGAUUCGCCACCUGCUACCCCUGUCCGAAGACCUGACACCAGUACGUCCAAAAUCUCUGUUACUGUGUCCAACAAAAUGGCUGUGAAGAACGCAAAAGCAGCAUUAUGCGAUCCAGCGGACGAGAGCCUGGUGGGCCCGGUGAAACGACGGCGAGUAACAGCGGAGAUGGAAGGGAAGUACAUCAUCAACAUGCCAAAAGGUACCACGCCCAGGACUAAGAAAAUCCUGGAACAGCAGGCAGCAAAAGGUACCACUGGUGUGCCCAGGACGUCUGUGUUUGACCGGCUGGGAGCUGAGAUGAAGGCAGACACAACCACAGGGAAUAAGCCUACAGGGGUCUUCAGCCGACUGGGGGACGCACUGGAGGCAGAGGAGGACAAAGCCGCAGACAGUGACGACGACUGCUCCAUCCUGCAGUAUGCUGGCGUCCUGAAGAAGCUCUCCAAGCCUUUACGCAAGGAAAGUGCCAAACCAGGAGUAACCAUCAAAGCAAAAGCCACGAGCUCGGAGGCAAAACCAGCUGUGACGACCAUUAGACGACUUGGCAAUAAGAGCUCCGGCCUGGCGGUGAAGGAAAAGAAGGCGGAAUCAGCGUCCAAAGUCAGCGUCAUCCAGAGACUGGGCAAGCCCUCCCUGCCCACCGAGGCCCAGGACAGCAGCGUCACCAGCACGAAGAACAAAGCCGAGCCGCAGUUCAGGGUCACUCUAAAGAGAACUUUGGGUAGCGCUAAGGUAAGCAGCACCAGCGAAAUCUAUAGCGCUCAGAUGGACAAUACAGGGACUGUUAGUGUCUUUAAAAGACUGGGCAAGAAGGCAAACUGAUCGGUGAAAAGCGCCUGGAAGGUUUGGUUCUGUAGCCGCUAGUGUCCGAACCACUUUGUCCUUUGUCUGCGUUGUUACCACUCUCUUUAUGUGCAUGAAACCCUGUGUGGGGGAUUCCCAGAGACCCGUCUCUGUCUCCUUCGGCAGGAUCGGGGCGCCUGGCCCAGACCCAACUCGGCUUGAGUGGAGUGUGCGUGUGCUCUGCUCCUGGUUCAUUCCUUACCAUUAAACUCAAAGGGCACAAGCCGCUGUGUGAAAUGAGUUGGGAUUCUUGCAUGGUGGCUGCCUACAUCAAAACAGAACCGUCACAAUUGGUGUGAGUUGUGCGCCCCCUUGUCUGGAGGCCUCAGCAGAGAAGACCAGGCGAGAAUGGGUCCUGGAGACUACGCCCCUACUCCCCGCAGUGGGUCUGCGGCACGGCAGAAGCCUGGGCUCUGGCUAACGGAGGGCUUUCCUCUCCCAGGCUGUCGUCCAAGCGCCUUUCACCAGCGCUAAAGUGCACUGAAAGCUUUUUUCUAUUCUUUUUUUCUAUCUUGUUCCCUCUGCAGGUUCUUGCCUGUAUCUAGGAAGUAGCGUCUCGAGGUCUCCGUACAGAGAUAAUACGGAGUGGGGACACUGCUGGAACUCUUGAGUCUAAGAGGGUUUCCUAGCAACCUAUAAAACCAAACGUAAGGGCUCCCGGACACUGCGCAGGCGUCUGUUUGAAUGUUGUCAGUCCAAGAGUAUUAAUCUAAGACCCACGGGAGAUGUCUCUUCUCCUUCCGUCCUCACACCUGCUCUUGUGUGAACAUUUCUUAGUCCCUGUGCUAGCGUCACUCCACCUGCCUGCCCAGUACAGCAUUACACUUGUGUUCCAGGCAUGGGUUUCCACCCGGAUCUGUGCAGACCUUGCACCCUGAGAGUGUGGCAUGGAUUCGAACAGGUCCGUGGGCAGCUCCAGAGUCUGCCAGGAACAUGCUAAGAGUAUGGCCUGGAUUUGUUUGGUCAGU